AUGCCUGUCACACCGCUGCCAUUACCAACUUAUAACCAGGUGACCAAACAUAACCUGGCACACCUGCAGCCCAUGAUUGUUUUAUUGCUAAAACAAGCGACAUUCAUCGCACUUGACGCAGAGUUCACAGGAUUAGGUCCAAAGGCUGCCAAUACACGGGCAAAAGACAUCCAAGAGCGAUAUCAGCAUCUUUGUGCGCUGGCAAAGAGUCAUGCCCUGGUCGCGGUAGGCCUUUCUAUCUUCGUCCAAGCAAAAGCUACCCAACCAUCAACCACGGAGGGCACAGUCGAAAUAGCUACAGAUGCAGGUAUCGGAAGCCCAGACUUGGAAUGUAGAUACCAUGUUCACAACUUUAAUUUUUCCAUGCUGAGUGAGAGUGACUAUGCAGUGAGCCCUAAGAGUAUGCUCUUCUUAGCUGAAAGUGGGUUGGAUUUGAAUCAGUGGAUCAUUGAAGGAAUUCCAUAUACAGGUGGUAAUCGAUUGACAAAUGAUGGCGGUCGUGGAAACCCCAAUGGGAUCAUGAGAUCUAUUUUUAAACGUAUCAUGAAUCAGCGAGUGCCAGUUGUAGUUCACAAUGGGUUCUUAGAUCUAAUCUUUCUAUAUCAAAGCUUUUAUGCCGAAUUACCACCAAAGAUGUCAACGUUCGUGGCGGAUCUUUCAGAUAUGUUCCCUGGAGGGCUUUUCGAUACAAAAUACAUCUCGGACUACAUCACUAGAGAGCGUGCGAGCUUUCUAGCAUUUCUCUUCCGCAAGUAUGAGCGGGACAAUAAUCGAGCCAGGGAAGCGCGCGGAUCUUCGGCUGAGCGCGUGUAUUCGUCAUUUGAUGUUCAGCCUAGACUCUUUCUUUUGCCUGUUAAAGUGAUUAGUCCGAAGACAGAACACGACAGUUCCCAAGUCGGUUAUUGUGAAGAUUACGCUAUGCAUGGUGUAUGCAAGAAAAAUAUGCGAUGUGGCAAAUCGCAUGAUCUGGAUAUGAUCUUGGAUGCAGAAGAAGAGAGGUCAACCCCCAAAAGAAGAAAGAUACAAACAGAGGGAUCAAACAACUCAGGGACCAAUCAGGAAACCGUUGAGAAUGAAGUUUCUGAUGUUUCCUUGACUACUUCUCCCAAAACAGCAGAAGCAUCAGUUAUCGGAGCAACAGAGGCUGUAUCUAGCACCGCGGAAGUUGAGCCGACUGCCACCACAUCUACAGUUUCUACAGUUUCCAGUUCAUCUACGAGAAUACCGGAUAAUAUGGUACAACCGAGCGAAAAUUUCCACUCCGCCUACUUUGACGCGUUCAUGACCGGAACUGUGUUCUCACACCAAUUAAACCAACAUUCAAGAGAUGAGAUAGUGUCCAAAGCAAUGAAUAGGAUUUAUCUGAUCGGCAAGAACAUUCCCCUUAGAGUCGAGAAGAGUGCGUUUGCAAAAUACAGCCCAGAGCAUGAGCGCCAACGGUUAUUGUGA